AUGCACGCCUGGCAACAUAAAGAGAUAAAACGGGCAACACUUUCGCCGCCGACGAAGAAGAAUCGAGAAACAGAACUCAUGACACUUUUCCCCAUUUGGUCAGACGUCACUCCUUUCAAAACUGCUCAUGGCACUGUCUGGUGGCACUUGUUGGCACUUGGAAAGAUGGCCCUCAGAAGGCGGAACUUGAAGGCCGUCGAUGACGAUUCCCGUAUUCAAAAAGAUGAUGGAGAAAAAGAAGAAGAAGAAGAGGAAGAAGAAGAAGAGGAAGAAGAAGAGAAGAAGAUGGAAUUGAAUAGAAAAGGGGGAGGGACGGGUACUGACGACGAUCGGAACGGAUACCGAGUCGACGAUCGGAACGGAUACCGAGUCGACGAUCGGGACGGAUACCGAGUCGACGAUCGGGACGGAUACCGAGUCGACGAUCGGGACGGAUACCGAGUCGACGAUCGGAACGGAUACCGAGUCGACGAUCGGAACGGAUACCGAGUCGACGAUCGGAACGGAUACCGAGUCGACGAUCGGAACGGAUACCGAGUCGACGAUCGGGACGGAUACCGAGUCGACGAUCGGGACGGAUACCGAGUCGACGAUCGGGACGGAUACCGAGUCGACGAUCGGGACGGAUACCGAGUCGACGAUCGGGACGGAUACCGAGUCGACGAUCGGGACGGAUACCGAGUCGACGAUCGGAACGGAUACCGAGUCGACGAUCGGAACGGAUACCGAGUCGACGAUCGGAACGGAUACCGAGUCGACGAUCGGGACGGGUACCGAGUCGACGGUGAAUGCGGUGAUCGAAUUGACGGUGGGGCCAUCUUGUUGCAAAUGGAGACACAUAUUUGGAGAUUAUGGGGCAAUAUUGAGAGUAGACUUUCACUGGUCGUCCUGGAUGCAUGGAUGCAUUCUUUUCUUUCUCAAACGGGGCAGCCAACUCUCCCAGAAUUAAGUGUCGACAUUCAACUCCUGUCUCCCGACGAGGAGGAGGCCAGAGUUCCAGGGGAAUAA